UAUUGGAUUGAGCCUUUAGUUCUUACUAUACAACUUUAUUUUUGUGUUUUUAAGGUUUAAAAAGUGUGUGUUUGUUGGUUUUUGUUUGUUGAUUUCACUGAAGAAAGAUACCUGAACACUAUCUACCAUAUCUGCUAUCAAAUAUAUUUAGUUUGUAAGGAAAUUACUGUACACAUAGGUGGGAGAAAGGGUCCAUAAUUCAUAUCACUUUUUUAUCCUUCAAUUUUCAAGCUUAAUAUUUAUACAACAGGGCCACGUUAUUUCCUUGUUCCAUCUCUGGCCAGUGUCUCUCUCCUGUAUGUAAAUAAUAUCUCUAUGUAAUAUGAUGAGUAAGUUCCAGAGGAAGAAAUUUUAUUUGGACUUUCCCAGUUUGGUAUAUCACCUUCCUAAAGGUUAUGUUGCACCCAGGAAGGAAUGAGGUAGUGUAGGGAAUGCUACUUUGCUCUUUCCUUCCUUCUAUCUGACCAAUAGAACACAGAAGAAGGAAAUGGUAAAGAGCUUCAUGUUGAUAACUUUUACAAGUAUAAUGACCUCUCUAAAUGCUCACAAAAUGAGGCAAAUUUUUCACAACCACACAAAUUUUUCAUACAUUUGUGGAAUGGGCUUAAAUUUAUGUGAAUAUACAUUAGGCUGAUACCUCACCACCUUACUGCCUGGCUGGGAGGGUAGAACACGGAGUCCCUUCCGGAGCUGACAUUAGUAUCUCUCCAUGACUUCUAAGGAGCCAUGGCAUGCAAGGAUCCUACAUGUCCCUCACUCUGAAUGCAACAAGGCUCUGGUCCCACCAGCCUGGAACAUGAGAGUUCUGAGGUUGUUCCUAAACUAAAGUCCUCAAUCUGCAACUCAAAAGCCGGUCAUCAAAAUAUUCUUCCAUUUCUAAUGAUUUUUUUAUACUUCAAAUUUUUUUUUGAAAAGUUUAUUUAUAAUCUCAUUUUUUGAAUGUUUCUACAGUUUUGGAUUGUUUGAACUAUUUGCAUAAUGUACAACAUUCUAACCAUAUUUUUCCUUUUCAGGAAAGCAUAGAUUUGGGUGAAAUCAUGUUUUCCCUUUGCUAUUUACCUACUGCCGGACGAAUGACAUUAACAGUAAUCAAAUGUAGAAAUCUCAAAGCCAUGGAUGUAACUGGCGCUUCAGAUCCAUAUGUCAAAGUCUCAUUGAUGUGUGAGGGUCGAAGGCUAAAAAAGCGGAAAACAACUACAAAGAAAAACACACUUAACCCAGUUUAUAAUGAGGCUAUCAUCUUCGAUAUCCCUCCAGAGAAUGUGGACCAGGUCAGCCUCUCCAUUGCUGUGAUGGACUACGAUCGAGUAGGACACAAUGAGGUGAUCGGGGUGUGUAGGACAGGACUUGAUGCUGAAGGACUUGGAAGAGAUCACUGGAAUGAAAUGCUGGCUUACCCCCGUAAACCUAUUACUCAUUGGCAUCCAUUGGUAGAGUUACCUGGCCAGGCAACCAGUUUUGAUAGCCAGGGGUCUUGUUCAUCACCAAAACCACCACCUACACCCUAGGGCACAAGAAUGGAUUCAUCACAUCCAGUGUCCAAGCUCCAUGUCCAUCACACCUACAUUAACAGAAGGUUUGGCUUCCUCAGAUGAACUGUAUCCAUAUUUUUGUAUUAAAAUAGAUUUUCUUCCUGUUCUAAGUCUUAUAUUACAGUUUAUAAUAAUUUCUUAAGAAUGAAUUUCACUUGAGCCAAAAUACUCCUUCCUUAUGCAAAGAUAUUCAUUUUUCUCUCUGUCAUAAAGUAUUGUUUUGAUACAACCUAUUUCUUUGCAGAUGGAAGGAAAUCAGAGAAAAAAAUACAUAUAUACUAGCACUUGAAAACAAAUGGAGCUUAUGAUGCUAUUCCUUUUAAGGUAGCAAAAUUGUCAUAUACAGCACUUACUUUGUAACUUGCCUCUAAAUUAUAAAUUUUGCACUAAAUCGUAUAUGACCAUUAAAGAAAACCUUUACAGCUUUUGAUGUACUAGAAAAAGAUAAUUCUAACAACAUAAUGUCCAGUUUCUCUAUGAUUGUCUUGAAUGUUACUUUGCUCACUGUAGGCCUGCACCAGAGCCCACUGAAGUCAAUGGAAAGGAUCCUAUUGAAUUCAUUUGGUUUUAGUUCAGGUCCUAUGGACCAUAUCCUGCAAAUGAAUGCAUGCAGUUGAACCCUUACAACAAUCCUACUGACAUUAUGGAGACAACUAUGCAGUAUUUGAUAUCCAAGCUAUUUUGACUGGAUGCCUUGUUCGCAUGGGAUUGGUUCUGUUCUGUUCCUAUGAAUUCAAUAUGACUGGAUGAGUGUUUUUCUUAGAAUCAGGCUUCCAGUGACAAUACUUGUGAUUAUGAAUUUGAAAUUUGCCUUCUGUCAAUAUAGUGAGGUAAAAACUUAAAUGUUACUACUUCAUAGAACAUUCCUGCUAGUAAACUCAAGAAUAUUCAAGGAAAGAAAAUACAAAAUGAGCAUCAGUUAAAGCUAGUUGGUUAAAAAACUGAUUAAAUACUAGCACGUUACUUUGCAGUAUUGAUCCAAGUCUCAAUAAAACUCCAGUUUAGCUCAGUGAGAGAAUUUGUACUAAGUACAGACAGAGAAAAGGCUGCAGGAUUGGGCCCUGGGCUUUUAAAGGUGAGCUGCAAUAGGAAAAUUAAUUAGGGGUGUUCCCUUUUUUUUGUUUGUUUGUUUGCUUGCUUCUUUUUGACAUAUAAAGAAAGCCAGAAAGGUUUUAGUUUAAAAACAAUCCAAAAACAUUUGAAAAUUAGAAAUGUAUGUCCUGUUUAUGCAGAAAAACUCUGUAAUGAUGGGAGAACUACCAAAUUCUGACAUGACAGGAGUCAAGAGAAUGAAAAUUGAGAGGAGGGGAUUUUUACUCAGACUUAAAAAAAUCUUUUGGGUUUGGUUGGCUUUGUUAAUACCUAUUUUAUUUCAGUGACUAACAUUUUGGAUAAAUGAUUUAUUUAUAAAAAUCCAUCACCUCCAGCUUUUUAAUUAAGAUGUGAUAGCUCCCAGUAAACAUGCUCUGACUGAGAUGUCUAUCAUUUCCUCCAGAAAAACCACAGAAAGCUAGUCUUGACAUUCUAGUAAAAUGAAGCAUAAAAUAACUACAUACAUAAACACACAGGCCUUCUUUAUAUAUUACUGAAAACAAAAACAAAAAAAAGGGACCAAUGUUUGAAAAAAUUCUUUGAAAGUCAUCUUUGCUGAAUCCUAUAGAAACUGUUUCCUUCUAGAGAUUUGGUCCUCUUGUCCCAUGGUAUUUUAACCCUCAAGAUUGUAUUUUAAUAAAUAAAUAUAUAUACAUACAGCCUUGCAAAUUUUUACUCAUCCACUUGCCCUGGGCGAGUAAAUUUUUUAAACAGGGGAGUAAACUGUAAUUUGGUUUUCAUCACCAUCAUCAUCAUGAGAUUUUGUGCCUGGGCUUGUAAAUUUUCGUGAUAGUUUUGCAAGGCUGAUAUAGAGACAUACUUAUAUAUCUGGAGAUUCAAAAACUAUUUUGAGUAUACAUUUAUCUUAAUAUAAAGUAUUAUAGGAAAUGGGGGUUUGUGCCCUAAAAGUUACUAUUUUGUAAUGUGGUACUGUAACAGUUGACUGAAUAUUCUUUGCACUUUUUUGCAUCUAAUAUCCAAAAAAAGCUAACAAGUUCACAAUCAAAUGUAGCACUAGUGUUCAGUAAUGAACAACAUCUUGUUUAUAACUGUUUCAUCAUUUUCUAUUAAUAUCAUGUAUGUUUUAUUAUAAGUGGCAAGAUAUUUAAAUGAUCACUUUCUUGGAUUUAAAUUAUUAUCCAAAACCAAAGGAAUAAUAAUCCAGUUUGUGCCCUCUUUUUUUUUUUUGGUUCAGAAAAUUAUUAAUAAUGGCUUGUGUUUCCAAACUUGAUUUGUGGGUGCUCUGCCCCUCUGAAAAAACAGGCUGCUUAAUUGGUGCCUACAUAUGAAUUGAAAUGCUUAAAUUUAGGCAUCCAACUUUCAAAAAAAGUCUAGCUGUAGAUUAUAGAUGGUUUCUCAUAUCGUGCCCUUAUCAGUGAUGUAUUUAAGUAAUGUAAAGCGAUUUAUUUUUUCAUUGAUCCCUUGAGUAUUGAUCCUGCAAAGUUAAGCCUGUGCUUCAUUUACCAUGUGAGCAAUUUCAUUCUUUUCAAGGGGAGUUCUCACAAGUUAUGCAUGUGUGUAGCUUCUUGCAGGAUUUGGAGCCUUAGACUAUACCAUUUUUUCUGAAGACCAUCAUGUUUAGAAGUAUACACCUCGGUCAUAAAAGUUCACCCAGAGUGAAAACUUAGCAAAGAAAGUCUCAGUGAAUGAAUAAAUAACUUUUCCUUCCAGCUUUUAAGAAACAUAAUUGUGCUUAAUUUGUAGACAAGGUGCAAAAAAAUUGAAGAAAUGUUUUGAUUGCCUAUAUUUGCAUAUUCAAAACGUCAUAAAUAUUAUUUUGAUUUAAACAAAAUCAAAUUUAGCAAGUUGUGUUUGUAAAAUAUAUUCCAAUAACAUCUGGCAAUUUGAAAAACUCAUAUUUCUAAAAGCCUGAAUUUACGUUGAAUUGGCUGGGCACAGUAAUUAUUUUUCAUAAGAAUUUUUUUUGUACUACAGAAUUUUUAAUGCUUUUAGAACAGCAAACUCCACCGAUGUACUGUAUUUACAUGAUGGAUUAAGUGGCUCCAAAAAAGUUGUUCAGCUCUUAUAUAUACUAACAAUAAUACACUUUAAAAUGGAAAAGCCCAAAUGCAAAUUUCUCCCAUGAGCCACUCCGGUCUCUUGGGUAAAUAAUGAAGUGUUUUCCCACCAUACUAAUAA